UACUGACAGUUGAUAAGAUCCAUCAUUUUCCCCCUCUGGCAUCUGUCAACAUUGGUGGCUCUGAUUCAGUUCUGCUGGAGUGUGUAAAGCUGAUACCAACAUGAGUUCCGAUGCCGAGAUGGCCCAGUAUGGGCCAGCGGCCAUCUUUCUCCGCAAACCUGAGAAAGAGAGAGUUGAGGCUCAGAACCGACCAUUUGAUGCCAGAACAGCCUGCUUUGUGCCUAAUGCCAAGGAGCUGUACGUCAAAGGUCUAAUCCAGAACAAAGACGGUGGCCAAGUCACUGUGAAGACUGAAGCUGAUGAGAUUGUUACAGUCAAGGAGGAAGACUGCCAUCCCAUGAAUCCCCCAAAGUACGAUAAGAUUGAGGACAUGGCCAUGAUGACCCACCUCAAUGAGCCCUCUGUGCUGUUUAACCUCAAAGAUCGUUACGCAGCGUGGAUGAUUUAUACCUACUCUGGGCUCUUCUGUGUCACUGUAAACCCUUACAAGUGGCUGCCUGUGUACGACCCAAUUGUGGUGGCGGCCUACAGAGGGAAGAAGCGCAUGGAGGCCCCACCUCACAUUUUCUCCGUUUCUGAUAAUGCAUAUCAAAAUAUGCUUACAGAUCGUGAGAACCAGUCUGUGCUGAUCACUGGAGAAUCCGGUGCAGGGAAGACUGUCAACACCAAGCGCGUCAUCCAGUACUUUGCGACAAUCGCAGUGGCUGGUGGCGACAAGAAAGAGCACUCCUCUGGUAAAAUACAGGUAAUCCCCCAACAAGAUAUGAGCCUGAAAAAAACAACAACACAAAGAUACAAUGGGAUUGUAUCUGAAAUUGAUUCUGGUUGUGUUUUCCAGGGGACACUGGAAGAUCAAAUCAUUUCAGCGAACCCUUUGCUGGAGGCAUUCGGGAAUGCCAAGACUGUGAGGAAUGACAACUCCUCACGAUUUGGUAAAUUCAUCAGGAUUCACUUUGGAACCACAGGAAAACUGGCUUCUGCGGAUAUUGAAACCUAUUUGCUGGAAAAGUCAAGAGUGUCAUUCCAGUUGUCUGAAGAGAGGAGCUACCACAUCUUCUACCAGAUACUGACUGGCCACAAACCAGAGCUUAUAGAAAUGCUUCUCAUAACAACAAACCCAUAUGACUACCCCAUGAUUAGUCAGGGGCAGAUCACUGUGGCCAGCAUCGACGACAAAGAAGAGCUGGUUGCUACAGAUACAGCCACUGAUGUAUUGGGCUUUACCACCGAUGAGAAAAUGUCCAUCUACAAGCUGACAGGCGCUGUGAUGCAUUAUGGAAACAUGAAAUUCAAGCAGAAGCAGCGGGAGGAGCAGGCGGAACCCGAUGGCACAGAGGUGGCAGACAAAGUGGCUUUCCUCAUGGGUCUAAACUCUGCUGACUUGUUGAAAGGCCUCUGCUACCCCAGAGUGAAAGUGGGGAAUGAAUAUGUCACCAAGGGUCAGACAGUCCCCCAGGUCACCAAUUCAGUUGGUGCUCUGGCCAAGUCUGUCUAUGAGAAGAUGUUCUUAUGGAUGGUUAUUCGAAUCAAUGAGAUGCUGGACACCAAGCAACCAAGACAGUUCUUCAUUGGGGUGUUGGACAUCGCUGGAUUUGAAAUAUUUGACUACAACAGCAUGGAGCAACUCUGCAUUAAUUUCACCAACGAGAAGCUGCAACAGUUUUUCAACCACCACAUGUUUGUGUUGGAACAAGAGGAGUACAAGAAAGAAGGGAUUGACUGGGAGUUCAUUGACUUUGGUAUGGACUUGGCAGCCUGCAUUGAGCUCAUUGAAAAGCCAAUGGGCAUCUUCUCCAUCCUUGAAGAGGAGUGUAUGUUCCCCAAGGCAUCAGACACUUCUUUUAAGAACAAACUUUACGACCAGCAUCUUGGAAAAAACAAUGCUUUCCAAAAGCCAAAGGUUGUCAAAGGCAAGCCUGAGGCUCACUUUACUCUGGUGCACUAUGCCGGCACUGUGGACUACAACAUCUCUGGCUGGCUGGAGAAGAACAAAGACCCUCUGAAUGAGUCUGUGGUGCAGCUUUACCAGAAGUCAUCAAUGAAAUUGCUGUCCUUCUUGUAUGCUUCAUUUUCUGGUGCUGAAGCAGAAUCGGCUGGAGAUGCUGGUGGCAAAGGUGCAAAGAAAGGAGCUAAGAAGAAAGGCGGCUCAUUUCAGACAGUGUCUGCAGUUUUCAGGGAAAAUCUUGGAAAACUAAUGACAAAUUUGAGGAGCACCCAUCCUCAUUUUGUGCGUUGCCUGAUUCCAAAUGAGAUAAAAACUCCAGGUAUCAUGGACAAUCACUUGGUUAUCCACCAGCUGCGCUGUAACGGUGUGCUGGAGGGUAUCAGGAUCUGCAGGAAGGGAUUCCCCAGCAGGAUUAUUUAUGCUGACUUCAAGCAGAGGUACAAAAUCCUUAAUGCCAGUGCCAUCCCUGAAGGACAGUUCAUUGAUGGAAAGAAAGCUGCAGAGAAGCUUCUUGGUUCAAUCGAUGUUGACCACACUCAGUACAGAUUUGGGGCUACAAAGGUCUUCUUCAAAGCUGGCUUACUUGGCACUCUAGAGGAGCUGCGAGAUGAAAAACUAGUUUCUCUAGUGACGCAGACUCAAGCCCUGUGUCGUGGUUAUCUCAUGAGGAAAGAAUUCUCCAAAUUAAUUGCUCAAAAAGACUGUGUCUGGAUUCUGCAAUAUAACCUGCGCUUGUUCAUGAAUGUGAAGCACUGGCCGUGGAUGAAGCUGUUCUUUAAAAUAAAGCCACUUCUGAAGAGUGCAGAGACUGAAAAGGAAAUGGCAACCAUGAAAGAGGACUUCAUCAAAUGUAAGGAGGAUCUGGCUAAGUCAGAGUCGAAGAGGAAGGAUCUUGAGGAGAAAAUGGUUUCUCUUUUACAGGAGAAAAAUAACCUCCUUUUGCAAGUGCAAUCUGACUCAGAAAAUCUUUGCGAUGCAGAGGAGAGAUGCGAAGGCUUGAUCAAGAGCAAAAUCCAGCUGGAGGCCAAACUCAAAGAGGUGACCGAGAGACUGGAGGAUGAGGAGGAAAUGAACGCUGAGUUGACCGCCAAGAAGCGGAAACUUGAAGACGAAUGCUCUGAGCUCAAAAAGGACAUUGAUGACCUGGAGAUCACUCUGGCUAAAGUAGAGAAGGAGAAACAUGCCACAGAAAACAAGGUGAAAAACCUGAUGGAGGAGCUGGCUGCUCAGGAUGAAAACAUUGGCAAACUGACCAAAGAGAAGCGAGCCCUUCAGGAGGCUCAUCAACAGGCACUGGAUGAUCUCCAAGCCGAGGAAGACAAAGUCAACUCUCUGGCCAAAGCCAAGGCGAAGCUUGAACAGCAAGUGGAUGAUCUUGAGGGUUCGCUGGAGCAGGAAAAGAAGAUCCGCAUGGACCAGGAAAGAGCCAAGAGGAAGCUCGAGGGGGAUCUGAAACUCACGCAAGAAUCCCUGAUGGACCUGGAAAAUGACAAACAACAAUCUGAGGAGAAGAUUAAGAAAAAAGAAUUUGAAAACAACCAGCUGCUCAGCAAGAUUUCAGACGAGCAAACGAUUAACAACCAGUUUCAGAAGAAGAUAAAGGAGCUCCACGCUCGUAUUGAAGAACUAGAGGAAGAAGUUGAGUCUGAACGAGCCGUCAGGGCAAAGAUCGAGAAGCAGAGGUCCGACCUCACCAGGGAGAUCGAGGAAAUCAGCGAGAGGCUGGAGGAGUCUGGAGGAGCCACGGCCGCUCAGAUCGAGAUGAACAAGAAGCGGGAAGCCGAGUUCCUCAAACUGCGGCGUGACCUGGAGGAGUCCACGUUGCACCACGAGGCCACAACUGCCGCACUGCGCAAGAAGCAGGCGGACAGCAUGGCUGAGCUGGGAGAGCAGAUCGAUAACCUCCAGAGAAUCAAACAGAAACUGGAAAAGGAAAAGAGUGAGAUGAGAAUGGAGAUCGAUGAUUUGUCUGUUAAUAUGGAGACAGUUGCAAAAACCAAGGUCAACCUGGAGAAGACGUGUCGCUCACUUGAAGAUCAGCUUCUGGAGCUAAAGACCAAGAAUGAUGAAAACAUGCGGCAAAUUUGUGAUCUCACCAAUCAGAGGGCUCGGUUUCAAGCUGAAAAUACUGAAUGCUCGCGUCAAAUGGAAGAGAGAGAGAGUCUCAUCUCCCAGCUGACGAGAGGAAAACAGGGAUUCACCACACAGAUUGAUGAGCUGAAAAGACUGAUCGAGGAGGAAACAAAGGCAAAAAACGCCCUGGCUCACAGUUUACAGUCGGCCCGUCAUGACUGUGACCUCCUGCGAGAGCAGUAUGAGGAGGAGCAGGAGGCCAAAGCUGAGCUGCAGCGCAGUUUGUCCAAAGCAAACACUGAGGUGGCUCUGUGGAGGAACAAAUAUGAGACUGAUGCCAUCCAACGCACCGAGGAGCUGGAGGAAGCAAAGAAAAAGCUCGCCCAGCGCCUCCAAGAGGCUGAAGAACAUAUUGAAGCAGUGAACUCAAAGUGUGCCUCGCUGGAGAAAACUAAACAGAGACUUCAGAAUGAGAUGGAGGAUCUCAUGGUGGAUGUGGAAAGGUCCAACAGCUUAGCUGCCACCCUCGACAAGAAGCAGAGAAGCUUUGACAAGGUCGUAGCUGAGUGGAAGCAGAAGUACGAGGAGUCUCAGGCUGAGCUGGAAAGCUCUCAGAAAGAGUCUCGAUCUCUGAGCACUGAGCUUUUCAAACUGAAGAACUCCUACGAAGAAGCACUGGAUCAUCUGGAGACCAUGAAAAGGGAAAAUAAAAACCUGCAACAGGAGAUCUCAGACUUGACGGAGCAACUCGUGGAGGCCGGCAAGACAAUUCAUGAGCUGGAGAAGUUCAAGAAGCAGGUGGAGACAGAAAAAUAUGACAUGCAAACCUCCCUUGAAGAAGCUGAGGCUUCCCUGGAGCAAGAGGAGUCCAAGAUCCUGCGUCUGCAGAUGGAGCUGAACCAGUUAAAGGCUGAAGUUGACAGAAAAGUAGCGGAGAAAGACGAGGAGAUCGACCAGCUGAAGAGAAACAACCAGAGAGUGAUGGAGUCCAUGCAGGCCACACUGGACGCAGAGGUCUGCAGCAGAAAUGACGCCCUGAGGGUGAAGAAGAAGAUGGAGGGCGACCUCAAUGAGAUGGAGAUCCAGCUGAGUCAUGCUAACAGGCAGGCGGCCGAGGCUCAGAAGCAACUGAGGAAUGUUCAAGGGCAACUCAAGGACGCCCAGAUCCACCUGGAUGACUCUGUCAGAGGGCAAGAUGAUAUGAAGGAGCAGGUUGCCAUGAUGGAGCGUAGGACGGCCUUGCUGCAGGCCGAGGUUGAAGAGCUUCGGGCCGUCGUGGAACAAACAGAGCGGAGCCGCAAACUGUCUGAGCAGGAACUGGUUGAUGCCAGCGAGCGCGCAGGCCUUCUGCAUUCUCAGAACACCAGUCUACUAAACACCAAAAAGAAGCUUGAGGCGGAUGUAACUCAGCUUCACAGUGAGAUAGACGACGCUGUUCAAGAGGCCAGGAAUGCUGAGGAGAAGGCUAAGAAGGCCAUCACUGAUGCUGCCAUGAUGGCUGAAGAGCUGAGGAAGGAACAGGACACCAGCGCGCACCUGGAGAGGAUGAAGAAGAACCUGGAAGUGACGGUGAAAGACCUGCAGCACCGACUAGACGAGGCAGAAAACUUGGCUAUGAAGGGUGGAAAGAAACAGCUUCAGAAACUGGAGGCAAGAGUCCGUGAGCUGGAAAAUGAGCUGGAAGCAGAGCAGAAACGCUCUUCAGAGGCUGUCAAAGGAAUCCGUAAAUAUGAGAGGAGAGUCAAGGAGCUAAGCUAUCAGUCUGAGGAAGACAAGAAAAAUAACAUCCGCCUGCAGGAUUUGGUCGACAAGCUCCAGAUGAAAAUGAAGGCCUACAAACGCCACGCUGAGGAAGCUGAGGAGCAGUCUAACAUGCAAAUGGCGAGAUUCAGGAAGGCUCAGCAUGAUCUGGAGGAGGCUGAAGAAAGAGCUGAUGUGGCUGAAUCUCUGGCCAAUAAGAUGCGAGCAAAGAGCCGAGAAAUUGGGACAAAGGCACCAGAAGGACAGGGCGAGUAGCUGAACGUUGCACUUGAACUCUCUGAACACCAGCUGAGACUGAGAAAUGUGCAUGACAGAAGUGUAGAAGUGAAGUGAAGCAAAUUAUAUAAAGUAGUUCAUCAUAUCAUAUUCAUAUUAUUGUGUGUUAACUCAUAUCAGUAAAUCUUAGUAAAAUAAAUAACGCAAUCAUUAGACACCUAAGUUAUUUAUAUAUUUAACUAAUCCAGUAGUGAUGGAGAAGACAACAUGAAAUGUAGCUACAAUACUAAUGUCUCCAAAUAAUGAUAUUACACUAAAUCUCCUGUGAGAUAAAUGAUCAAAAUAGGAAUUUAAUCGGUGCAUAAAGGAAAAAUAAAGAAAAACUAUCCAAUUGGUUUUAAAAGGCUAUUAUUAUGAAUGUAUACAAGUGGUAUAUUAAUUAUGCAUUAUGUUUUAACAGCCUCCUCUGGGCCCUGGAGCCUCAAAGGCCACCAAAAGCUCCCUUUGUUGCAGUAACCUUAUUAAUUGAACUUUGUUUGAGGAUAUGAAAUAUCAAAGCACCAUAAAAUAACUGACAAGAUUUGGUGAUGACUCCUACUUUAUUACCUGGUCUCGAGGCCCUGUUAUAAAGAGGGUUCCGUUUCAGAUCUAGUUGUAAACCCUUAAUUACUUCAGAUUACACUCUGCUCAUAUCGUGCAUACAUAUAAAUCAGUGUUUUUAAUUGAACUACUAAACUAUAUUCAAGCAUAAGAAUACUGAACAGGGAACCGAGAGGGUUAUUUGGGACUUCUUAACAUGAUAAUCUGUCUGUUAUGUUUAAUAUACACGACAAGAGCAUUUAGUUAUUCUGGUCGUAUUUGUCUUUGUUCAGUCUUUUCCUCUAUUGUUGGACUCACAUGCAUCUCAUUUUCUCAUUUCUUUAGGCGCUCUCACUGUCAUAGUGUAGUUAAUUUUCUGUUCUUGUCUUUGCUGUUGGUUUUUUUUAGAAAUAAAUGUGUGUAAAAUUAAA